CCUCUCCUUCGGCGCUGUGGGUGAAAACUUUCAUCUGCUUUGAUGGCGCAUGGCAUGGUUAUCUUUUUGGGGUGUCUACUUUGAUGACGCAUGGCAUGGUUACCUUCUUGGGGUGUCAGUCGAUGAGUGUGGGUGGUUAUCAAUCGUAGCAACGAAUCUCCUGUGCUUCUCCUCGGCGACACUCUAGCAGCGUUUAGUAUUGCACUCAUGUGCGCUUUUCGCGUUAUUGGUGUGUUUUGUUGUGUGUGUGCUUUUCUUUUAUCGGCUUUCGAGGAUUUCCUCAACACCAUAUGCCUUUGUUCAGCCGAAUAUAAAGCAGGGCGAGCAUGUUUCUAGUACUGCCAUUUCAUGAGCAAUAACAAGAUGGUGAAGUUUCCUACAAGGAAUGCAGUAACAACUAAAUCAACAUCUCGCCAUUGAAAAAGAGGGAGAAAUUCAAGCUUUUGAGUGGCAACUCAAAUUGAAAGGUACAAUGCCGUUCACAAUCUUUGACAACGGAAGCCAAAGCAAACCAAUCCAUUUCCGGGUUCACCACUCCAAACUAUAUAUACAGAUACAAUCAGGAUUCUACUGAACUGGAGACCUCACACGCCAGCAAUCUGCUUAAAAACCACUGAUACAUGAAAUGCAAAGCAAAACAACAACCAGGUCAUAGAGAAGUGCAUGGAUGAACCCAUGGCCAGAUGAACCCACUUUGAAAAAGUUAUUUCUAAAUGCCAAAAAAUAUGAAAAAAAGUCUCACGCAUACAUCUUCACAUUCUAUGUGCACGCACAAAGUUUCGCGGAAAAAUAACUUUUUCUUUGGCAUGUGCAAAAAGACCCAAAAAAAUGUGUCGUGUAACGCUAUUUAGAAGCACUGAAAUUUGUUUUUUUUAUUUUUGCGGAGCAAAACAAAAAUAGAUUUUUCUCACAAAACUUUGUGUCGUGCACACAUAUUGCGAAGAUGUAUGCGUGGAAAUUUCUUUUAUUUUUUUUACAUUUUAAAACAUGUUUAAAAUGCAAUUUUUGAAAAGUGGGUUCAUAUGCCCAUGCGUGCAGGACGUGCCCUCUCCCAGGUCAUAGGCCUAAUAACCACAUCAGCGACCUCGAAUCUCAACCGGACAUCAAACUAGGAACAAGUUGGCACUAACAUACAUCCCUUAGUCCUCCACUAUAGCUGCUUACAUGGCCACAUUGGUCGGUUACCAUCAUCUGCCCGCUUCAACUCCCCCCAGCUCGGCCGCGGUGGGUUCACCACCGAGGAGCCUAGCUCAUCUAAGCCUCCGACCACUAGGGCGUCGUGGCUUAGAUCUGGUGAUGCGUUGCGGAACCUGCCAUCCUUGUCCUCCAACAAGUUGCUCAGACCUCCCGGGUCGCCUAACAUAGCUGCCACCCUCUCUACCGCCGGCGACUGAAGAGGAGCCGGAUUUGGAUGAGACCUGGAGUGGUGUCAACGUGCUCGAGGAAUUGUUGACAAGGUAAGUUUUUCCUGUUUUAUUAUCUUUAUUUGCAAUUGCUCAACUGAGUGAUGAAUAAUGUGAUGCUAAAAGGUUCUUCCUUUGCUUUUGCAGUGAGCAAAUGGGUCCGUAUUACGUUGAUGAUUUUAUGUCACAAUCGGCAUAGACGGUCUCGGCGGUGACGGCGCGACUGUGUGAGCCCCUUGUGAGCUAUCCUGUUUUAGUUGGUUUUUUGAAAUGAACUUGUUCAUUCAGUGUCUUUUGGCACAAAAUAUGGUUUUAGUUGUUUGUUGGAUUGGUAAGGUUUAUUUAUGCUCGUAGUUAAAUUAUGGCAUGGUGCAUUUGAAUUUUUUAUGUUUGUGUUGAAAACAUGAGGAAUUUAAUUGGAUUGUUUAGGCAAACUUGUGAAUAAACUGACAAAAGAUUUUUGGGGGGGAUUGAGUGUUGGUAUGGACUAGCUGACCAAAAGUUUAAUCCUCUAAAAAAGUUGGGAAUUACAUGAAGGGGAAUAGGAUGGGGAAUUAAGAUAUGGGGAUGGGCUAGAGAUGCCCUAAGACCUCGUAUGGUGGGAGUAUCAUAGCUAUUAGCAUCAUACAGUGUCAACUAGACAUGAAGCUACCCUCAAAAAACUAGACAUGGAGCUCACAUGAUAUGUCAAGAUAUGGGCACUUGUAGUAUCAUAAUACGAUAUUACAUCAUAGCAUGUGAAACGAGAAAAGUUAAUGUCAAAGAUCUUGUCUACGAAUUCAUAUUGGGAUUCUACAAACAAUUAAAUAAGACUAAUUAAUUGCCCCUGCAUGGCAACGGGGGGCAUACAUAUUUUAGUGGUUCAAUAUCUAUUUUUUCCAACAUAUACGUUACACCAAACAUAUUUUAGAUUUCGGUAAGAUUUGAGUAUGGUAAGGAAAGGCAAAGAAAGUCUUGGUUUAGUCGAGGUUUUGAUAAGAUUUGAUUUGAUUCAGUUAUAGUAUUAUAGAUUAGUAUCGUACACGUGUUAUGAUUCUACCUAGUAUAUCUGUUAGAUGCAUUGUCUAUAAAAAAGAUUCGCUAUGGUGCGUUAAGAGACAGAAGCGCAGGCUGAGUGAACAUCAGCCCAUCCCCAAUGGGGUGAAAGGGCGAUUCGUGGAAGAGCCCUGGACUCAACGAUUACAGAGGCACGCUUUGAACCGAUUCUUUUCUCGGCGAUCUUAAAGAAGAAAAGAAGAUUCGUUUCUGGAAGAGCGUGCACUGGACCCAGCGAUUACAGAGGCACGCUUUGAACCGGUUCGUUUCUUUCUUUUCCCUCCUCUGGCUCUCCCAUACGAGGGGAAGAAUGUGUGCGUCGUCGCCACCGCCCAGCUCAGCUAGCCUCCACCAAUUCAACUAGAAACCACCCAACCGGCCAGCGCAAGGAGAGGGAGCCAUGGCCGAGCUCGCGGCGGGCGCCGUGAGCUCCCUGCUGGUCGUCAUACGCAGUGAGGCGCGGCUACUGCGUGGCGUCCGGGACGACGUACAGUUCAUCAAGGAGGAGAUGGAGAGCAUGAAGAGCUUCCUGACGCACCUGGCCAAGUCGGCACCCCCCGGCGGCGAGCACGAUGAGCAGGUGCGCACCUGGAUGAACCAGGUGCGGCUGCUCGCCCAGGACUGCAACAACUGCAUCGACCUCUACCUCUACAGGGGGAACCCCGACAUCCACCGUGCCAGAGGCGGGCUCCGUGGCUACCUCUGGUGGGCGACCUGGUUCCUGCACAAGCUGGUCGCACAGCACCGUGCGGCUCAGCAGCUGCGCCUGCUCAAGGAGCGGGCGCGCGACGUUGGCGAGCGGCGGAUGAGAUACGGCGUGGAGGUUCCAGCCAAGUCAGAGAAGGGGAAAUCGCCGCUAACAGCAGCAUCGUCGUCGCAGGCUGCAGCGGUAGGUGGCUAUGCUGCUGUUGGGGACGAUGACGAAGAAGAAGACGGUGACGAUCAACUCGUGGGGGUGAUGGCAGCCGUUGGCCAUUCUGCUCGAAGAGCCUUCACUGAGCCUCGCACUCUAGACGACUACGUCAAGGCAAAGCUAUGGGAAUGGGCACGUGGAGUUCCAGGAGGCGCCGACGAAAGUCUGUCCAUAGUCGUUGUGGCACCCUACACAUAUCAGGACCUCUUCGCUGUUGUACAAGAAAUCUGGGGUUUGAGACAAAACCGGGAGUACAGCCCCUACCAUCGCAUUGUCUUGGUUGACAUCCCAGCUGUGCACCUGCAUUUUACGCCGCUACGACCCAAGGAAGUUCUCUUCUACAUUCUGCGCGAGCUCAAGCAUGCCAAAUCCCAACCCCGGGAUCAAGGCACAGAAGGCCAAGUGGAGGAGAAGCAUCUUGACCCUUGGUCAGCUUACAUGAGAAGAUUGCAAAUUUACAAUGAAAAGAAGAGGGCUUUUGCUCUUCUUAAAAUCGAGGAGAGUAUCAAAGAGAUGAGGAUCUAUGAAAAGCUUCACAAAAUCAAGAGUGAUAUUCAAGGUCGACUAAAGAAUAAGGGCGGCGGACUACGGAAGGGCGACAAGCUGCUGGGAGAUUUUGACCAGCUGGACCUAGACGUACUCCUUCAGCUGCUGCUCCAGGCAGCGUCUCGACAAGAUCAAAAGGGGAAGAACAUGCAUAGAGUGCCGGUGUGGGAAAACAGCAACAUCAUCGUCAACAAGCUUAAGGAGUAUAUGGAAGCAAAGGAAAAGGACAAGAAGCUCGAAGCGAAAGAAGCAGCCAAGCAUAUGGGGGCGGAAGAAGUAGAAGCCUCAGCCAAGCAUAUGAAGGAGGAAGGGGGAGGGGGAGGAGGAGGAGAAACAGCCAUACAUAAGGAGGAGGAAAAAGGAGGUCGGGGAGAGGGAGAAACAGCCAAGCAUAUGGCGGCGGAAGAAGUAGAAGAAGCCUCAGGCAAGCAUAUGAAGGAGGAAGGAGGAGGAGGAGGAGAAACAGCCAUACAUAAGGAGGAGGAAAAAGGAGGUGGGGGAGGAGGAGAAACAGCCAAGCAUAUGGCGGCGGAAGAAGUAGAAGAAGCCUCAGCCAAGCAUAUGAAGGAGGAAGGAGGAGGAGAAACAGCCAUACAUAAGGAGGAGGAAAAAGGAGGUGGGGGAGGAGGAGAAACAGCCAAGCAUAUGGAGAAGGAGGUACGUGGAGGAGAAAUCGAAAGUCAGCAGACGGCAUGGAUUCAGCUUGAUGAGGUACAAUAUGCACACAUUCUGCGGAAGCUGCUCCCCAAGAGCGUCAGCAAGCCCUUGCAGGCUCAAGACAGAUCCUUGGACAGGCAAGCUAUGAAGACCACAAAGGCUACAUUGGGUGAGGAUCAAAUCAAACAAAUGAUCCACGACGCAAAGGAAGACAUCUUACGAGAGCUGCAGCAAGGCAAACAUGACAAGAGUGAAGGGACAGGUGAACCUGGAGCUAUGGGUCAAAACCCAGAAAGUGUUUCUGAAAGAAUAUUUGCCGGUUUCGUGGACCAGAUGAUGGAAAAAAUGAAGGAUGAGUUCAAAGAGCAGUUCAAGAUCAAAGGGCUCGUGAACGAGAUUAAAAAUAACUUGAAUCCUCAUCCGUUCCGAGAUAACAAGUGUGAAUGCCCCCUGUUUAUCCUCAAAGUUGAUGAGCUGAUGGAUGUUUCCACAUGUGAGGAUAUCAGAAAUGCUUUGAGCCUGUUAAACUGCAGCGCCGAUUUAAUGAUCGUCACCACCACAAAGGACAUCCAGCUGGCUAAAGAAUAUUGCUAUCCACAGCGACAACCUAUAGACUAUUCUCUUGCUGGCCUCUACCAUGAUACAGUGCUCGAGUAUACUAGUCAGCAGAAGAAUGAAGACAGCUAUAACCCCCAAAUUUUUCAUGAUAUCUUGUAUGAGUGUGAGCCACAUGAAUUCUGCAUGAAGAUCUUCACUCAUGCUCUGUAUGCUAACCCCAAGAGGAGCGGUGACGAGUUACACAAGCUGCACAGCACCCUGCAUGCUUUACCAACAACAUCAUUCAACAGCAUCGCUAAGGUGAUGUUCAAGUUCUCUUACAAUGACCUUCCAAAAGAAUACAAGUCCUGCUUGCUGUACCUAGCUAUCUUCUCUCCCAGACAAAUGAUCAGGCGGUCAACCUUGAUUGCAAGGUGGGUUGCAGAAGGGCUGACAUCCAAGGAAGAUUGGCCCAGUUCUGUGCGUCAGGCCAACCGAUGUUUUGACACACUCGUUGGCCGGUGCCUUAUUGAUCCUGCUGAUAUUGAUGCCAUGGGAAAAGUAAAGAGCUGCGUCGUAAGUGAUUCAGUUCAUGGAUUCAUUACCACCAUCGCCAGAAAACAACACAUUGUGGAGACACGCCUGUCACAUCACUUGGCUCGUCACUUCUCCAUAUUCAAUGACCUCCAACUCCGCAGCUCUGAUAAAAUUGAUCAAUUCUUCCAUGGGCUCUCUAAAUCAUCUCAAGUAUCCCUGCUCAAGGUGCUAGAUCUAGAAGGUUGUCGGUGCUUUCUUGAGAAGAACCAUCGGUACCUCAAGGAAAUCUGCAGCAAGAUGUCACUGCUCAAGUAUCUGAGCCUAAGGAAAACAGAUAUUACCCAGUUACCAAGUGAAAUCAACAACUUCCGUGAGCUAGAGGUACUGGAUAUCCGACAAACUGAUAUACCUUCACAUGCAACAACGCAUAUCCUGCUCUUGAAGCUGAAGCGUCUGCUAGCUGGCCACGCUGAUCCAAGCAAUUUUGAAUCCAGCCCCCGGAUUCCUCAUAGUGUCGACAAAAUGCUAAACAUGGAGGUACUAUCCAAUGUAAAGGCCCAGAAGAGUCGUGAUUUAAAAGAUAUUGGAAAGCUAUGGCAGCUGAGGAAGCUAGGUGUGGUUAUCCAUGAUAUGGAUAGCCAUCUCAGGAAUUUGCUUCAGGAGAUCGGUGACUUACAUGAGUGCCUUCGUUCUCUGUCAAUCACUACUACUCCCGUAGCCUCACCACGCAAGGCUACUCCUUCCAGUGCAGAGUUACCUGGCUCUCUCUUAAAACACUUCCCCAAGAUCCUUGAGAGUCUAAGCAUCAGGGGAACCACACAGAAGGUGCGUCUUCUUCCAUUGUUCAUAGAUGGUGAUAAAAACAAACUUGCCAAGGUAACUCUAUGUCAUACUCCGCUGAGCCAAGAUGAUCUGGAAGCCCUUGCCAAGCUGCCCAAGUUACGGUGUGUUAGGCUCCAACACAUUUCAUGCACCGAGCUCAUGCUGAACUUCAAGAAGGGUAAAUUCAAAUGCCUCAAGUACCUUCUUGUUGAGGGCUCGGCCUUGACUAAUAUCACUUUUGAGCAUGGAGCAGCCAGUGAGCUUGAGAAGAUGGUUUUGUCUUUCACCGGAAUAGGUUCUAUUUCUGGAGUUGAGUUUCUUCCAAAAUUGGAAGAGCUCGAGUUGAACAGCAGCUUCUGUGGCAGUUUGCUAUCAUCAUUUGACAAUGCCAGACAAAUAACCAAGCUGACUCUUCGUGGUACAUUGCUAGAGCAAGAUGCUCUACAACUGCUCACCAAGAAACGAAAUAUACGUUGUCUGGUGCUCAUGGACAAGUCUUUUGGUGGAACACAUGAGAUUACACUAAAAAAAGAUGAGUUCUUAUGUCUCAACCUCCUUGUUGUUGACUGCUCAGCCAUCACCAAGAUUGUCUUCAACAGCGGGUCUACUCCUAGGCUCGAGAAGAUUGUCUGGUCAUCUUCCACAACUCUCUCCGGCAUCGACAAACUUCCCAGAUUGAAGGAGCUCGAGUUCAAGGGUGACAAAGUCCCUGAUGAGGUGAGAAAGGCCAUUGAUAAGCAUGACAACAAGCCUAGUCUUACUGGACCAGAAAUUCAAGACUAAGCAAAAGGAGAUUAAGAAGAAGAUGAAGAUGAUGCUGCAACAUUCUCUUUCUGCUGGAAGAAACAGGUUUGACGCCGGAAGGGCCUGUCCAUUGAUCCCAUGGUGUGGUCUGCGUGUGUUAGUGUGGAUUGCAAUCUGUUCUGCUUAUCUGUUGAUUUCUUUCUGCUGCGUGUUUAUGUUCUGCGUGCAUUACAACUGAAGUGUCCAUUUAUUUGCUCUGCAUGAGUGCCCUAGUGGCUCCGAUAGAGCAUAAAUGGUUGUAUCUAAUUCGUGUGGCUUUCCUAUGUAUCGAAAGUCGUAUGCAUCCGUGUACGGUUUCAUGUAAUAAAGUGUGAUGUUUGUGGACGCAUUUGACUUCUUAUUAAUGUACAGUGUGAUGUGAGUAUGCUUUGAUUGGGUCCUGCAACUCAAAGAUGAACUGGUGUGUGUCAUUGAUAUAGUUACCUGUAAUGUAGAAUGUAGGCAUCCGUUUGCUUCAAAUCAGCUGAGUAGCUGUUGCACUAGUACCUGAUUAUGUACUUGAAGCAGCACUUUAUGCAGACUAAGAAGAAUGUGUGACCCAAUCUGUCUGCAACUUCUGCAUCUUCUGAUGGUCAGGCAAGCACUAGCGCCCCGGGAAGAAUCGAAAAAAUGUUGGCGUGCAUUUGGUUGGUAGCUCGCGUAGUUUUUCUCUCAUUGUUUGCUGGUGUAGAAGCCAAUACAGUUUCAAAAUUUACCGGUCCACUUGAAUUGUGCAGACGCGUGCGGCAAUCAUGGCUCUUUCUCUUCCUCGUGUAAGAAAUCAGAUCCAAGCAUG